AUGUCAGACGGACAUGUUGCUGAAGGUCACCCGAAAGAAGUUGUGACAGAAAGUAUUCUCGAUUUUUCUGAGCUGGAGCAGGCUAUUCAGUCAUUUACACGCCGCUUUGAUCAAUAUGUACAAACCACUGUUGCCUCUUGCGAACAGGCAAGAAUUGAGUCGGAGGCGCAAAGGACACAAGAUCAGGAGAAAGUUAGAUCACUAGAGCGGGAGCGUGAGGAUGCCAAGCAUGCGCAGAAAAAUUUAUGGGAAAAUGUGGCUUCAGAACGCGAAGCGGAUGCUAAACUGCGAUCUAGUGUUCAAAGUUUGCAUGCUCAGAGAGAGACAUUGACGCAGCGUAUUGGAAAUCUCAAAGCAGAGGUUGAAGAGAUGCGAAUGCAAAUGGAAACGCGGAAACACCACAAGCAAGAACAGAUCCAGCGCCUUCGUGAACAAGUGCGUCGUAAUGCACCGGAGUUAGCUCAGUUGGAAAUGCUGACAGGGUGUACAAUUUCACCAUCAGUGCAGGCUGGUACCAUUGAUCUUGGCUUCUCUCUGUUGCAUGCUGAAGACCCAACAAGAACGUAUACGUUUACGCUGGACGUAUCGCAGCCCACUUAUUCGGUGCCUAAGCAUGACACUGCGCUGCCCUCAUCCACGGUAAAGUUGCUGGUAAAACAGCUCAAUCAAACGGGUGAAGUGCAUGAGUUCAUAAAAAAGCUACGACAGGCACUGUUGCAGCGCACUACCCCUGCCAACUAA